AUGGAAAUGGAGACAGAACCGAACCAGGGCACUGAGCGUGUUGGAGAACAAGCUCGCCCAGCAAGUGGUACGGUACAGGUCUGCCGCACCACCAAUGAGCAGCGAACACAUCUACAAAGCAUCCGAGAUGAGCUGAUAGGCUCAUUUAAGGCCGAGUUGCCCCAGACCCGCCUGAGACAUUCCCAUAAAAUCAAGUCGGUAACCUCUAGUCAGUAUCUCAAAUGA